CUGACUAUAAUGGUCCAGCCACACAAUGAUAAAAGGCAUAUUGUGUAUAUGUGCAUCAAUGCAUGUAUAGUUGUAGUUUAUUCAGGUGGCUAAAAGGAUAUUAAUAUCACAGAAAACCAAACAAUCACUAAACUUAUUAGUUUUCUUGUCUAAAUACUAUAUAUAGAAAUAAGUUAUGAAUGUGAAAGCUGCAUGGGAACCUGAACACCGCAGAGUAUUCGUGGAGUUAGCCAAAGAUAUUGGAGCCUCUUCAACAGCAGAGUAGAGCGAGGUUUUAACAAGAUGCAGCUCAAGAAUCAUUGGGAGGCAAUGUUGAAACAAUGGAAAAUAUGGCGUAGGCUUGUUCAGUGUGCUGUAUGAAAUGGGAUUCUGAGUGAAACACUCUCGGUGCUAGUGAUGAAGACUGGGACAACUAAAAUAUGUUGGGAGUAACCUAGAGCAAGAUAUCUCUUUUCAACAGUUUGAGUUAUUUAAUUAUUCAUCUUUUUUUUCUUUCUAUUUAUUAGUUUUUGAAAAAUCUGAGUGAUUAAAGUGAAGUUGACAAGAAUCUUCCAUAGUAGGUAGGUGGAUUCUAAUCUAAGCGAAGAGAGAUUUAAUGACUGUUGGAAAUAUUAUAAGAGUAUGUUUUGUCUCUAGUUCCACCAUGGAAAGCUACUUGUGAAUUGUUGUAGCUCUACUCUCUUAACUUGAGUUUGCAGAUGAGAAGUUAACUUCAAAGUGUUAUUAUCCUAUCUUCUAUGUAGCGUUCUCUUCUUUAUGUAAUUUUAAAGUUAAAAAAACUCAAUAAUGAAACCUAGAAAAUGACUACACACACAGCCUUUAUUUAUAGACUCAUAGAUUCGUCGUCACAACUUCAGUUCCAAGCAAAGACUGAGAGAGAGAGAGAAUGACUUACUCUUGUGCUAGAAUUUUUCUUCUUGUGUUUCUCUCUUUGCUAUAUUUGGCUGAGGCAAACAUUCGUCACUACAAGUUCAAUGUAGUGAUGAAGAACAUGACCAAGCUCUGUUCAACCAAACCAAUAGUUACCAUUAACGGCAAGUUCCCUGGACCAACUCUAUACGCUAGAGAAGACGAUAAUGUGAUCGUUAACCUCACCAACAGCGUCAGCUACAACGUCACUAUCCACUGGCAUGGUGUGAAACAGUUAAGGACAGGAUGGUCCGAUGGUCCGGCCUAUAUAACACAAUGUCCGGUCCAACCAGGAGGAAAUUUUAUAUACAAUUUCACGCUCACGGGACAACGAGGAACGCUUCUAUGGCAUGCUCAUAUCUCGUGGCUUAGGGCGACAGUCCACGGUGCUAUAGUCAUACUUCCGAAACGCGGUGUACCUUACCCGUUUCCUCGGCCUCAUACCGAUAAAGUCAUCGUUUUCGGUGAAUGGUGGAAAUCAGAUGUUGAAGAUGUGAUUAAACAAUCAACACAAUCCGGUUUACCACCAAAUCUCUCAGACGCUCACACCAUUAACGGACUAACCGGUCCAAUCACCGGUUGCAACAACUCUCAUGGAUACACAAUACACGUUGAAACCGGGAAGAGUUACCUCUUAAGGAUCAUAAACGCCGCAGUUAACGACGAGCUCUUCUUCAAGAUCGCACAACACAACUUAACCGUGGUUGAAGUAGACGCAUCUUACACUAAACCGUAUAAUACCGAAACGCUUUUCUUAGGUCCAGGCCAAACAGCAAACGCAGUCUUGACCGCUAACCAUCCCACAGGAAACUUCUUAAUGACCAUUUCUCCCUUCAUGGACACCGUUGUCCCCGUUGAUAACGCAACCGCAACCGCCUUUUUGCGUUACAAAAACACAACAACAACAGACUCCUUGACUAUGUCCAAUACUCCUCCAAUAAACGCUACAAGCAUCGCUCAAAACUUCUCAGACUCUCUAAGAAGCCUAAACUCGCUCAAGUAUCCGACCAACGUUCCUUUAAAGAUCGACCACUCGCUGUUCUUCGCUAUAGGAGUUGGCGUAAACCCGUGUGCCACGUGCAUUAACGGAACCAAGACCAUUGCCGACAUCAACAACGUCACCUUUGUGAUGCCAGCGAUGGCUUUGCUACAAGCACAUUAUUUCAACAAAAGCCAAGGCGUUUUCACCAAUGAUUUUCCGGGGAGACCCUUGACGCCGUUUGACUACACCGGCGGUAAUAAUAGUAUACCGUUGAGUAAUCUUCAGACAAAGAACGGAACACAAGUAUAUAGACUUGAGUUUAACGCAACGGUACAGAUUGUUAUCCAAGGGACAAGUGUUAUAGCACCGGAGAGCCAUCCUACGCAUCUGCAUGGAUCAAACUUCUUUGUGGUUGGUAAGGGAUUGGGGAACUUUGAUCCGUUGAUGGAUCCUAAGAAGUUUAACCUCGUUGAUCCGGUCGAGAGGAACACUGUUAGUGUCCCUACUGCUGGAUGGACAGCCAUUCGGUUUAUAGCAGACAAUCCAGGUGUUUGGUUCUUCCAUUGUCACUUGGAAGUGCACACUUCUUGGGGACUUAAGAUGGCGUUUCUAGUGGAAGACGGCAAAUAUUCUAAUGAAAAACUUCCACCGCCUCCAAGUGAUCUUCCCAAAUGCUAAAAGAGAUCUUCUUCGUAUGUUGAGCUUUGAGAAUUGUUUUGUUACUUGUGCAAUCAAGAAAGAUUCAAUAGCCUGAAAAGUUAGAAGACUUUCUCAGGUCUUUUGCAUAUUUUCUCUCUUUGUUCUUGUUAAGUUUGUACAAAAAGUAAUUUAUGAUUGGAACAUAAAUGAAAUUUCAAGACUUCUACUUA